AUGUCGGGGCCUCAACAGCCGUACGACGACCAUCAGGGUCACCAGUACGGAGGUCAAACCGAUUCAUACUACCAGGAUGAAUACCACAAUCAAGGACAUGGAGGCCAUUACGACCAGGCCGGGCAAGGCCAGCAUUACGAUUAUAAUCAGGGCGAAGGCUAUUAUGACGAACAGUAUGUCGUCUCAGUUUUCAAUGAUCUGCUUUAUCAGCUAACAUGUGGUAGGGAAUACUACAAUGCUGGACAACAAGGGGGAUAUGGACAAGAUGCUGGAUACUACGGAGACGGGCGGGGUGAUGAUUACUACGGAGACCAGUACUAUGACCAGAACACUCCUGCUGCCGGCCAGCAGCCCCAACAAGGGUAUGACCGCAAGGGAAAACGCCGAGGUCACGAUUCAGAGGAGGACUCUGAGACCUUUAGCGACUUCACUAUGAGAUCUGACAUGGCCAGGGCUGCGGAUAUGGAUUACUACGGACGCGGAGAUGAACGGUACAACAGUUAUGAUAACGGACCAGACGGUCGACGCGGAUAUCGCCCACCCUCCUCUCAAGUAUCCUAUGGCGGCGGUAGAUCAUCCGGUGCCUCUACCCCUGUUUACGGCGUUGAUUACUCUAAUAACCUACCCGCCGGCCAGCGUUCAAAGGAACCAUACCCAGCGUGGACGACCGAGAAUCAAAUACCUAUUUCCAAAGAGGAGAUUGAAGAUAUCUUCCUUGACCUUACCAACAAAUUUGGGUUUCAGCGCGAUAGCAUGCGCAAUAUCUAUGACCAUUUUAUGACCCUCCUCGACUCUAGGGCAUCCCGCAUGACUCCGAACCAAGCGCUACUUUCGUUGCAUGCUGACUACAUCGGUGGUGAAAAUGCCAAUUUCAGGAAAUGGUACUUUGCGGCUCAUCUUGAUUUGGAUGAUGCUGUUGGAUUUGCCAAUAUGAAACUGGGAAAAACAAGUCGCCGUGCUAUGAAGGCUAGGGCGGCUGCCAAAAAGAACAAACCCCAAGGCGAAAACGAGGAGCAGACGCUGGCUCAAAUGGAGGGAGAUAACAGCUUGGAAGCUGCCGAGUAUCGAUGGAAGACCAAGAUGAACCGGAUGUCUCAGCAUGAUCGGGCACGGCAGAUUGGUCUUUUCCUACUCUGCUGGGGUGAAGCAAAUCAGGUCCGUCUUAUGCCAGAAGCCUUGUGCUUUAUCUUCAAGUGUGCGGAUGAUUACCUCCACUCCCCCGAGUGUCAGGCCAAGGUCGAGCCAGUUGAGGAGGGUACCUACCUUAAGGACAUCAUUACUCCGUUAUAUCAGUACUGUCGCGAUCAGGGGUACGAGAUUGUUGAUGGCAAGUUCGUCCGACGAGAACGGGACCACAGUCAGCUUAUCGGUUAUGAUGACUGCAAUCAAUUGUUUUGGUACCCUGAGGGCAUUGAAAGGAUCGUCAUGACUGACAAGUCUCGCCUUGUUGAUGUUCCUGGUCCACAGCGGUAUUUGAAACUCAAGGAGGUUGAAUGGAAAAAGGUGUUCUUCAAGACGUAUAAAGAAACGCGUUCAUGGUUUCAUAUGGCUACCAACUUCAAUCGUGUCUGGAUCAUCCAUAUUGGCGCCUUUUGGUUUUACACUGCGUUCAAUUCCCCUACGCUUUACACUAAGGAGUAUCACCAACAACUAAAUGAGAAACCUCAUGCGGCCGCUCGGUGGUCCGCGGUCGCUCUCGGCGGCGCUGUUUGUACAUUCCUCAUGAUUGUUGCUACCUGUGCUGAAUGGGCUUUUGUUCCUCGUCAAUGGGCGGGAGCUCAACAUCUCACCAAACGCCUCUUAUUUAUCCUAUUCAUCUUUGUUCUGAACGUUGCACCUAGUGUUUACGUCUUCAUGAUUGAUGGAAACAAUGGUGGAAAAAUCGCAAGGAUCCUCGGAAUUGUGCAAUUCUUCAUUGCUUUGGCUACUUUCUUCUUCUUUUCUGUGAUGCCUCUCGGUGGGUUGUUUGGCAGCUACUUGACUAAAAACUCGCGUCGCUAUGUUGCCAGUCAAACAUUCACCGCCAGCUAUCCCCGUUUACGUGGCAAUGAUAUGUGGAUGUCCUACGGAAUAUGGGUCUUGAUCUUUGCAACUAAGCUGAUCGAGUCGUACUUUUUCUUGACUCUCUCUUUUAGAGAUCCUAUCCGCGUGUUAUCACUUAUUGGGACUGAUGUUUUGUCGACGCCAACCUCAGAUCCUACUUGGUAUUAUGUAUAUCACUGAUCUGACUUUAUUCUUCUUGGAUACAUAUCUUUGGUAUAUUGUCUGGAAUACUGUUUUCUCCGUUGCUAGAUCCUUCUAUCUCGGUGUGUCUAUCUGGACACCAUGGCGAAACAUCUUUUCCCGACUCCCCAAGCGUAUCUAUUCCAAGGUCUUGGCUACUACCGACAUGGAGAUUAAGUAUAAACCAAAGGUCCUGAUCUCUCAGAUUUGGAACGCUAUUGUUAUUUCUAUGUAUCGCGAGCAUCUUCUUGCGAUUGACCA